AUGCCUGAGUCGGAAGAAACUGUUGCGAAGGCCACCAAAUCGAGCUUCGAUCCCAACAUACUGCAGGACUUGCUGCCAGUGUAUUACAAACGAUUGUUCCCCCAUAAGCAGUUUUAUCGAUGGAUGUCGUACGCUCGCUCGGAAGCGUUUGUGUUCUCCAAUCGGGAGUUUUCAUUCACGCUUCAGGAUGACGUGUACAUCCGUUACCAAUCGUUCGAAACGGAGCAAGACUUGGAACGUGAGAUCUGCGCGAAGGUUCCCGUUAAGAUCGACAUCGGAGCGGUCUACAACAUAAGGCCGAGGGAUCACCGUGGCAGCACGAACAUGCAACCGGUGCAGCGUGAACUGGUGUUCGAUAUCGAUAUGACCGAUUACGAUGACAUUCGGACGUGCUGCAGCGAAGCGAACGUUUGUACGCGCUGCUGGAAGUUCAUGUCGAUUGCCGUCCGGGUGUUGGACGAAGCAUUGCGCGUGGAUUUCGGUUUCGAGCACCUUCUGUGGGUGUUCAGUGGUCGUCGUGGUAUUCACUGCUGGGUGUGUGAUAAAUCGGCCCGCCUCCUGGACGCCCCAGCCCGUUCGGCAAUCGCCCAGUACCUGAAUGUGUUGGUUUCCGGUGGCGAAGGGACCGUUUCGCGUGUGAUCAUUUUCGACGAAAUGCAUCACAGCGUGAGGCGAGCUUUUCGGGUGAUAGAGCCACUGUUUGAGGAAAUUUGUCUCGAAGAUCAAAACAUUUUCGGCACUGCGGAGGGCCUGAAAAAGCUGCUCGCCAUGAUACAGGACCCGGCCGUACGCGGUGAUUUGGAGAAACGGUUGAAACAGGUGAAGGGUGAUUCGCGUGAUGCUUGGGCUGAAUUUAAGCGAUUUUUUGAAGAAAUGCGCCUUUCGGGCGGUAACCGAAACCGUCGCUACCGAUUCAUCGUUGAGGAAACGAUGCUGGCGUUCACCUACCCGCGACUGGAUAUAAACGUCACGAAAGGAUUCAACCAUUUGCUCAAAUCUCCGUUCUGUGUGCAUCCGAAAACUGGCAAAAUCUGCGUACCCUUCAACCCGCACACUGUCAGCAAGUUUGAUCCUACGGAUGUGCCCACGAUAACCGAGAUACUGAAGGAAGUGAACGCAUUCGAUGAAGAGAAUGCGGUUGAAGGUGAAGAGACACGCUCACGGAUUAAGGACUACAAGAAGACCAGCAUGUUCAAAGGCACCGUCAUAUUCGAAGAGUUUCUCCGCAAGCUGGAGCAAUCGUUGAAAGCCAAGGCGUCGACCGUCAGAGAUAUGACAAUGGAAUUCUAA